AGAUAAUAUCUACUUCUUUUGGCUUUUUUCAACAUCUGAAUCUGGCGAUUUCAUGAUUUAAAAUCUUCAACUAGGCUGCUUAUCGAAAUAGCUAUAAAGCUACCUUAACGGUCCUGUCAUUGAAAAAACGCCAAAAAACGGGCCGGUUUGUUAAUGUUUAUCAACGUUCUAUGCGCAGAAUAGCUUUCUUGUCUGGCAUUUCUUUGCUAAUUUUAUUUACUUUUUACAUUUGCCUCGCAUGUUCAAGGGAAUUAGGUAUAUUAUGAUAUUUUGAAUUCAUGUCGUCCUCGUCAUCAGCCUCUCCUUGGAUACGCGAAGUUCUUGAAUGCUGGUAUUCUGGCAAAAUUAAAAAGUGUUGUAAAAUCCUCUCUAAAAAAUCAAGUCUUCAAUUUUGCCUCUCGUCAGAGGCAGCUGAACCAGGUGAUGAGAUUCCUUUCCACGCUGGUCCUUCGGAGCCAGACAGACGAUCGAAAUUCAAAUACCACUUUGCGUUUCCGUCUUCUGAUAAUAACGCAGUCAAUGCAUGCAAUACUCAUAAUUCUGGAUGCUGUCUGCUUACGGAGUUGAUUCGCGUCAAUGACUAUGCCACCCUGCACAACCUCUUGAUCAUUUUUAACGUGCUUUUUGGUAUUGUGUUGGACAUCGAAUCUUUGCAAAAAACUGUCGAAUGUGAUUUCGUCAAAAAGAAUUCGGGCCAGCCAGGCAACGACUUCACCGAGUUCGAACCGAAUGCCUCCAAACGUUCAUUGCUGGCACCUUCAGCCUAUCCAAUUUGGUCAGUAGAGCGUCAACUAGCAAAUUUGGGCAGGUAUCUGCCUAUUGCUUGGUACAACCUUGUCCUGUACCAUUUUCUUAGCGGCUCCUAUCGCCUCUCUCUGCAGAUAUCUGAAGAACUCAUUGACUACAUCUUGUCCAACUCAGAUAGGUUUUCCUCAACUGGCUUGACCAUAGCAUUUUUAUACAUUACACUUGUGAUUAAACUCAACACUUAUAGCCCGAAACUCGAGCUGGUCGUUUCUGAAAUAGAAGCGCAGCUACCCAAGCAAGUCAAUUCUCAAGCGUAUGUAAGGUGGCUCCGGUUGAUCAAGGCGCAUAUUUUCUCGGUACAAAAUCGUUUACAGGCUAGUCGAAAUGAGCUAGAGGCUGUUGCUCAACCUCUCACAUUCUGCAACGACCAGUUUGAAGGGGAGUUACAUCCGACCGAAUCCCCAUUGAUUACAGGAAAGUGCUUUCUCGAUGCAGAGGCUUCGGGCAUUGCGUCGUUCAAUGACUGCUUGACAUUAUUUUUAAAAUCAAGGCUUUUUGAUCUUGAGCAAAAUUUUUCACGAGCCGAGUCAGAACUUUCCAAAGUUGUUCUUAACUCUUCAAAUGCAGUUCCCUAUUACAAUAAUUUAGGUGUGAUCGCGUGUCACCAGAAGCGAUAUGCGGCGGCAUCGAUCUACUUUCAUAAGGCAUUUCAAGAAACUCAAAAAGUGAGCGCUCAAACCCCCUCUAAGUCUCAUACUAAACCUUUCAUCAACCAACACCUCAUCGGAAUCGUCAUCUAUAACUUGGGCCUGCAGAUGCAUAUGCUUUGCAAGUAUGAAGAAGCCUUCGAGCUCUUCAAACAAUCGCUAAAGUUUGAUUCUCUCUCCUCCUAUCUGCGUGGAAUGACGUUUUUGAGACUUUCAGAAGCCACUAUUCAGAUCUAUCUGGCCGAAAAAUGCCCAGCCGCUCAGGCUUAUACUAUCCCAGAAAUAUGUAGAACAGGUGGACGUACUCGUGUGUUCAAUUCUAUUCCGCGUUCGAGCAAGACCGAUAAGCUUCUACGUUCGUCUACUUAUUACCUGAAUACCGCUUUUAUACUACUCCAAAGUCUAUGUCUUCUGAGAGAUAAAAAGACGACCGUGCAACCAGAUCGUCUGCCCAAUGUCGGCCUUUUAAACAGUCCAUCAGACGAUUUUACACCUUCUAUCGAGCGCCUUCGAUUUGUUUGUAUAUACUGCCAGGCACUCCUCUCCUGGAUUUUUUUAGAAGCCGAAUCGUUUGAAAAGGCAAGGCAAUGUGCUCUCCAAGCACUCAAACUGAAAGAGCUGUAUUUUCUAGCACAGAAAUCAGAACCUCAAAAAAAUCAAACAACCACCUCUGAAAAAAUUGUAGCUCAGCCGACGACUAGUACUUCGAGCGAUGAGCGUCUCACGUCUCAGCUGUCUCCUAAUCACCUCUGCGAUUCGCCUCAGAUCGACUGUCUCUCAUUUUCAAUUUAUGUGUACCUGGCAGAAUCUGAACUUCGACUCGGUAACCUGAAUUCUGCACUGGAUAUACUUCAAAGUAUACCUAAAAGAACCGACGUGCACAUCUCUAUCGGAUUCGAUGUUCAACGUAUUUCUUGCUCUCAAAAGGUCUCACUUUAUUGUAGCCUCGCGUGCAUCUACAUAGUAAAGGGUGACGAAGCCCAAGCUCUACGACUUAUUGACAAAUCGAUCUCUCUAGCCCCGGGCUUUCCUGCUGCCAUCGCUUUGAAAGUCUAUUUAGACAUCAAAAAUGGACAAAUAGACUCCGCGAUACAGCUUCUUUGUAAUUAUCGUGUUCGUCAAUUGAUUCAUGUCCAUACAGAUAAAUGAAGUAACAUUCGCCUUUUUCCUCAUAUAGAUCGGAUGAGAGCCUAUGUGUUAUCUUCAAUUGUGGUA